AUGGGAUUUCGAAAGCGACAGAAUGCCUCCAUAUCUCCCGACGUCGAGAAGGAUAGCCAUCCACUGGCCGAAAACCAAGCCGCAGUGAAGAGGGGAACAAGCACCAGACGCCAUGCCAUAUGGGUGGCCAGCUUCUUCUACCUCAUUGCUUUCGUUUUCCUGAUUUUGGUCGAGAUAGGAAACACCAGCGGCUCACGAGUCUUGGGCGACAUCUACUUCUUCAAGCUCAACCUAGCCGACAUCCUCCCACAAUCCGUACCGCCCACCCUGACGCUGCAAAACUCCAUCGCGCGAACAUUGGGGCUCCAUGAUUUCUAUCAGGUCGGAUUGUGGAACUAUUGCGAAGGCUACCUGACCGAUGGGAUCACCCACUGCUCGAAGUCGAGUUCCUCGUUCUGGUUCAACCCUGUGGCGGUCCUUUUGAGUGAGCUCUUCGCUGGAGCUUCGAUUGCGCUACCCUCGGAAGUAAACGACAUCCUCAGGAUCCUUCGUAUCGCCUCGCACAUCAUGUUCGGCUUCUUCAUGGCUGGGCUCGUGCUGAGUUUCAUCCUCAUGUUGGCGACUCCUGUCGUGAUUCGCUCGCGGUGGUGGAGUCUGCCGUACAGCAUAGUGUCCUUCCUCGUCGCGCUGCUAGUCCUGGUAGCUUCGGCCCUCGGCACUGCCAUGUCGAUUGUCUUCAAGUAUGCGUUGUCGAGUCAGUCGGACUUGAACAUCAAGGCCGAUGUCGGGAUCAAGAUGCUCGUGUUCAUGUGGAUCGCGACGUUGUUUACUGUGCUGAGCUUCUUCAUCCAUGCUGGAAUGGGAUGUUGCUGCACCUCUCGCCGUGACAUACGCACAGGGCGGAAAGGUGGGAGAACCCAAACUGAAGAGACCUCCGAAAUGAGAGGCUACAAGUUGCCUAAAUUUGGCAGGAAGUCGACAACUUCGACGUGA